AUGGAUCAGGACGACGAUGUGUUGGCUGCUCAGGCUGGAGCCAGCCAUGAUGAGGACAAUGUUGCGGCUGUAGGCCAUGGUGAUGAAGGUAAUCCGGUGACACAACUGCAGUCACAAAUUUUGGAACUAGGUCGAAGACACGACCAAGUGAUGUCUACCCUUGCUAAUAUGAGUAAUGUGUCAACCAGAUCCUAUGUGUACAUUCCAAGAGAACGUCAAAUUGUACCAUUUAGUGGUGAUCUUUCUAAAGAUGGUCAGACUGUAGAUGAGUUUAUUGAUGAGGUUGAACGUGUAAUCAGAGUGAGGGGUUUAAACACUGAUGAUCAAGUAGACUUUAUCCUUUCUCAUUUAAGGGGCUCUGCCUUAGAUGAAGUUAAGCUGUGUAUGGGGGGAGAAGCAAAACAACCUCAAGACCUUUUUUCAUAUUUGAGGGGUGCCUUUAGAGAGAAACGUACCACACCACAGUUAUUGCAUGCUUUUUAUGCACGCAGACAAUUAGAGGGAGAAGAUUUCCGUGACUACUCUCAUGCUCUGUCCCAGCUUCUCAAUUCUGCUCUUCAGCAGUCGACAAACGUUGUUUCUGACCCACAGCUCACUUUAAGAGACCAGUUCAUAGAGGGGGUAAGAGAUGCAACCCUGCGUAGAGAGCUGCGUAAGCUUGUUAGAGAUAAGCCUCAGUCCUCUCUGUUCGAUGUUCGUGAAGAGGCUAUGAUGUGGGUUGUGGAAGACCGACCCCGUGGUCCCAAUGUAGCAAGGGCUCGAAGCAUGGCCAAUACAGGUUCUAGGGAAAUGUCAGAACAGUCAAACCCAGUCAGCACUGCACAGAGUGACAUGGCAGUAGCCUUACAAGAGGUAGUAAAAAUAAUCAGUCAGCAGGGUAAAGCUAUUGGUGAACUUACUAAUGCAGUACGUGAACUUACCAUACAAAAAGCCAGUUCAUAUAGUAGCCAAAGUGGGAAGCCAAAAUUUAAGCCCAAGUUCUACAGUGCAGGGAAACGGGGUCCCUCCAUUGCGGUGAGCCGAGCAAUGCGAGGAAAGCCUGAAGGCUCAGUAGGCAGCCCGUUAACUAAAGAACGUUUCUUGGAGCGUGCAGUUGGGAGGUGCCCUGAAGUUAACAUCCACAUUGGUGGUGUUCCAGUUAGAUGCCUGCUAGACACAGGAAGUAAUGUGAGUACCUUGACGGAAAGCUUCUUCCGAGAACACCUACAUGGGGAAGACAAAGACCUUCACUGCACUGCUAAGUGGCUAAAGAUAACUGCAGCCAAUAAGCUACCCUUGCCAUAUUUGGGAUAUGUUGAAUUAGACAUUGAAGUGAUGGGUUUAACUGUACCUGAGUGUGGGUUCCUGAUUAUUCGCGACGGGGAUGCUGCAGAUCCAGACUCCUCUCCUUUGGGCAUCAUUGGCAUGAAUAUCGCUCAGAGGUGCAGACAGCUUGUACUUACAGAGUUUGACACCACCCUUGGAGGAAAGCUUGACUCUGUGUGGCGAGAAGCCUUUCAUCGUGUACAGGAAGUUGAAGUAGUCAAACCACUGUCAAUAGCGAGAGUAAGUGGCCAAAACAAGACAUAUGUGCCCGCGUCUUCUGUAGCCACAAUUUAUGCCAGAGUAAAUAAGAGAAUUAAUGGUCCAGAAUCCUGGCUGCUGCUGGAACCGGGGAACAUGCCACUACCUGGUGGAUUGAUUCCCUUGCCUACGUUAGUGUCAUCAGGUGAUCGGGUGUUUCCAGUUCAAGUGGUAAACUUUUCUGUAGAGGAUGUAUGGCUGCCCUCAAAAGCUCAUCUUGGAAUGCUUCACCCCUGUCAGUGUGUUGAGAGUAACCCGUGUGAGGUGAGGUUUCACCGCAUCACUGUUGACCAGGAAGAGGUGACAAUGGAGCAGGAACCUAAGCCAGAGUCUGAGACUGACCUAAAAGAUCUGCUACAUAGACUUCAUGUAGGAGGCACUCCAGAACAGCAGGAAAAGCUAGGUGCAUUACUCAUGAAAUAUGCCGAUGUGUUUGCAGCCUGUGAUGAAGACCUAGGAUACUCAGAUCGAGUUAAACAUGAGAUCCCAUUGACAGAUGAUACUCCUAUCUCUCAGCCAUACCGCCGCAUACCACCUACUCAGUUUGAAGAGGUCAGAGAGCACAUCUCUGGGUUACUUAAAAAGGGUGUCAUACAAGAAAGCUCCAGUCCCUAUGCUUCACCGGUGGUGUUGGUGCGCAAGGCCGAUGGAAGUCUGAGGCUGUGCGUGGAUUAUAGGAGACUAAAUGCUAAGACCAAACGCGAUGCCUUCCCAUUGCCUCGCAUUGAUGAGAGCCUGGAUGUGUUAAGUGGGGCGCAGAUUUUCUCAACAAUAGACCUUGCAAGCGGAUACCAUCAAGUUGCAGUCCAUGAGAAGGACCGCCACAAGACGGCAUUCAUCACCCCGUUUGGCCUGUAUCAAUACCGCCGGAUGCCCUUCGGGCUUUGCAAUGCGCCCGCCACAUUUCAGCGCCUCAUGCAGGCCAUCAUGAGUGACUUAGUUUUCCAGAUCGUACUUAUAUACUUGGAUGACUUGUUGGUGUAUUCGUCCACCUUUCAUGAUCAUCUAGCAAGAUUGGAAACAGUGUUUAAGAGGCUGAAAGAGACAGGGCUGAAAAUAAAGGUGGAGAAGUGUCAUUUCCUGCAGUCGGAAGUCAGGUUCCUGGGUCAUCAAGUCUCAGCACAAGGCGUGAGUACUGAUCCUGACAAAAUAAGUGCAGUUCGUGAGUGGCCAGUUCCCAGUACUCUUAAGGAGCUCCGAUCGUUUUUGGGCUUUUGUAGCUAUUACAGGAGAUUCAUUAAGGGGUUCUCUCAGGUAGCCGGCCCAUUGCAUGACGUAGUAAAUGUGUGCCUAAAGGAGAAAAGCUCAGUCAAGGUAGCUCAGGUUUAUAAAAGCUCGUGGACCUCCCAGUGUCAAAACGCUUUUAAACAGCUCAAAGACAAGCUUACCAGUGCACCAACCCUUGGGUAUGCUGACUUUACACUCCCUUUUGUUGUAGAAACAGAUGCCAGCAACCUUGGGUUGGGGGCCGUUUUGCACCAGAACCAAAAUGGUAAACAGACCGUUAUAGCUUAUGCCAGUAGGAGGUUGAGAGGGGCUGAGAAAAAUGAUCAAAACUACAGCAGUAUGAAGUUGGAGUUGUUAGCACUUAAGUGGGCAGUUACUGAAAAGUUUCGAAGCUACCUACUUGGGUCCAAGUUCACUAUCAUAACAGACAAUAAUCCCCUUUGUCACCUCACUACUGCCAAAUUAGGUGCUGUUGAACAAAGAUGGGCAGCUCAACUGGCAGUUUUCGACUUUAAUGUCAAGUACCGCCCAGGACGGUGCAAUACAGCAGCUGAUGCCCUAUCAAGGAGGCCAGGAGUGGAUGGACUAGAACCUGAAAGUGAGGAUGCGGAGUAUGAUGGCUGUGUGGCAAUCUGUAACUCGCUUAAGAAAGGAACAGCCCUGGGACUAGACCUGCUGGCAGCAGGAGUAGAGCGAGGUGCAGUAAGACAACAACAGGCUUCUUUGGCCAUGGAUGAUGAUGAUGUCGAGUGUGAAAAUACCCCCACCUUACCAGGAUAUUCAAAAGCCGAACUACAACAAUUUCAGGAAUCUGAUCCUACACUCAGUGAAUUUAAAAAGUUCUGGAAUCGGAAAAAGAAGCCUACCCGCCAAGAGAGACUAGGGUUGUCCAAAAGCGUGCGUUCCCUGCUUAAACAGUGGCAAAAGAUCAGAGAGAAAGAUGGCCUUUUGUACCGUGUAAUUGAUGAUGUGCAUGUUGGGGAAUGUCACCAGUUGUUGCUACCUACCUGUUUAACUGAUCAAGUUCUAAAUAAUGUUCACAAUCAGAUGGGACAUCAGGGUAUUGAGAGGACCCUAGGGCUGUUGAGGCAGAGAUGUUUCUGGGGAGGUAUGUAUGAAGAUGUAGAACAGUGGGUGAAGAAAUGUCAGCGAUGUGUACUGUCAAAGAUGCCGCAGCCCAAAAUCAGAGCACCCUGGACACCGUUUGUGGCCUCUCGACCGCUGGAAGUUGUAGCGGUAGACUUCACAACACUUGAACCAGCCACGGAUGGGCGAGAAAAUGUCCUUGUAGUAACUGAUGUGUUCACCAAGUUCAGUCAAGCCUUUCCCACUCGUGACCAGAAGGCCGAGACCACUGCCAAGAUCCUUUUACGAGAGUGGUUCUUGAAAUAUGGAGUCCCACAACGUUUGCACUCUGAUCAAGGCAGAAACUUUGAAAGUGCUGUGAUUUCUGAGCUCUGCAGGCUGUAUGGAGUUAAAAAGACUCGCACGACACCACACCACCCCCAAGGAAACCCUCAAUGUGAGAGGUUUAAUCGGACCCUUCACGACCUCCUAAAGUCUCUACCACCCGAAAAGAAGCGCAGAUGGCCUGAACAUUUAUCUGAGCUUGUGUAUGCAUAUAAUGUGACCCCACACUCAUCUACAGGCUACUCACCGUACUAUCUGCUGUUCGGGAUCCAUCCUCAUCUGCCGAUUGAUGCUCUUCUGGGUCAAGAACCUGAAACAAACAAUGGACCAGAUUGGUUAAUAGUGCACCAGGAGCGUCUCAGAGAAGCACAUACUCGAGCUAAGGAAUAUGCAGAGAGAAAGGCUGUGGAGAGAGCAAUGCACCAAGAUGAGAAAGUAUACUGCCCUGCUGUAGAGAUUGGACAGUUUGUGUAUUUGAGACAUCGACCGCCUGGCAGAAAUAAGAUUCAGGAUGCAUGGUCAUCCACAGUGUACACAGUGGUAGAGAUUCAGGGAACCACGUACACAGUAGAGCCUGUUGGAGGGGGCCCAGUUAAAAGAGUGCACCGAUGUAAUCUCAGACCUUGUGAAAGUCCAGUCCCAGUGCCCAUGCCCAGGAGUCGGAAACCCCCUACAAGAGAGGUAUCUGCUUCAGUCUCUGAGUCCGAAGUGCCAUCAUUAGAGGCAGAAUGUGUCUUGGUGGAGGAAAUCCAUGGUCCCAGGGAAGUAAAGACAGUGACUCAAGUAUCUGAAGGUCCAGAACUGCCAGUUCCUGAGCAUGAAGCCUGUUUCAGUAAUGAGGGUCCUGAAGAGAAUAAUAUAUUUUCAGAAGGGUGUGAGGUACCUGAUGAUUCCUUGACGGCCAGUCCAGUAUCACUCGAGCCAGAGACUGAAAGUGACUACUUACCUGUUGAAAGUCCGGUGGCGAGUCCUGUGCCAACUCCUAGAAAGAAAAGUGAAAAAGGUGUUAAGUUAGAAGUGCCUUGUCCUGCACCUCGAAAAACACAAAGAGAAACGGCAGGUCAACACAGUAACCCAAACAGAUUACCUAGAUCAGCUUGCAAUGCAGUUACCUUUAGUCCUGAUGUGCUUUCCCAAGUGUUAGCUGGCAUGGUUCUUUAUACAUCAGGAAAGUUGCAAGGUGGGCUAAAUGAUUAGUGUCUGUAGUCACCGAGGACGUUGACUAACAGCAGGGGAGAGUGUAACCAGGUCAAAAAGAGAACAUGUAAAUCAUAAAAUGAACAUGUGUUUUAUCUUAUUUAAGCCCUGUGUUAUGUGUCCUGUGCAUAAAAUGUGUAUAAAUGCCUUUUUUAAUGUGUUGCUGAAAUGUUACGCUGGCCCUUUAAGAAACGGGACUGUAAUGCUGCGGGAAGUUUUUUUGUUUACUUCCUGUGUACAGCGCGGUUCACAACGCAGUUUAGAGAGUGCACGUGCAGUGGGGAUUAUAGCAUCCAACACAAAAAAACACAAAAUAAGAAUACUAUAGUGAGAUAUAGUGAAGCUAAAAGCUUUUGAGUGUUUUAUGUUAUUUGGAUGGCUGUGUAUUUUGCUGAUUGACAGCGAUUUCUGUUGAGAUACAUCUCGUGUGGUGUGUAAAUAGCACGAAAUUGAUUCUCAAAGAAGCGUAAGUGUUAACCUAUAAUCUGUAUACAAAGAGUUUUGAGACAAUUUUGUGUAUAAUGUUAUGUGGACCAGUGAUAUUGAAACAUAGUUAUUCUGUUUAAUUAAGAGGGGAGAAAGUGCUUCGUAAGCCUUCUGUGUGUUUCCUGGGGAGUGUGAAGCAUCAGAGUGAGUGUUGUUUACCUUAAAUAAUUUCACAAAAGGGGUUCAUGUGUCAUGUACAUGCAUGUUUUAUUGAAAUGAGUGCAAUUAUAGUGUUGCUUUCAUGUCAUGUGUUCCAAAUGUAAAAGGAAAGUUCUGUAUUCUGUUUCUUUUAUAUAUGCAGAGAAAGAACGAGUCUGUCAUAUGCUGUGAUAGUGUGUGCAUGUGUCAGAGGGGUGAUAAAAAGUAAGUUUUAGACACUGUAUUUUAUUUCAUUUUCUCUAUCAGCUUAUUUUGAAGUUAUUUACUGUGAUGUAACACUGAUGUUUAAGUGUAAGAGAAAGUGUUAUGUGGUGUAAUGAUACUUUUAAUGUUUGAGCUGUAUUAAUCACACAAAAAGAUGUAACAUGUUAUGAAUGACUGUGUUUUCAUGUAUUCUCAUGUUACUCAAGCAGCCUUAUUUAGUCUUCUGUGCAUUCAGGUGUUAUAUUCAUGUGUCUGUUUGUUUUCUAAAAAAGGGCUGCUACCGUUGUCUAUGUUAGCUAGUUAAACAAAGAGAAUUCUGUCUUUUACUAAUGUGAAUGGGAAAAAGGACAUACACACUGUGAUAAGAGAAGAAAACUUUAUUUUUUUAUUUUAUUUCCACAAACUUUAUUUACAAGCUUUACCUUUCCAUCUCUGCAACUCCAAAGUUUGCAAAAUUAACGCUGCACCGCCUAACGUGCAGUCUGAAAUAAAAGAUCCCCGUUUAAAUUUUA